AUGGCUGGCCGUGGGGCGCCGGCGGUGGUGGGAGGCGGCGAAGGAGGGCCGUGGGGCGCCGGCGCCGGCUCGUCCGGCCUCUUUCCGGCGCGGGAGGAGCACGGGCCGACGCGCGUCCGGUCGGGCGGCGCUCCGAGCCGUGGUCGGGCGGCGCUCCAGGGACGGGCGGCGGCCGGGGACGGCGGCGCUCCGAGGGACGGGGCGGCGGCCGGCGACGGCGGGGGCGUCCGGGGGUCGGGCGGCGGCCGUGGUUGGGCGGCGCUCCGAGGGACGGGCGGCGGCCGGGGACGGGCGGCGCUCCGGGGACGGGCGGCGGCCGGCCGACGGCGGGGGCGUCCGGGGGUCGGGCGAGUGUCCGGGACGGGCGGCGGCCGUGGUCGGGCGGCGCUCCGAGGGACGGGCGGCGGCCGGGGACGGGCGGCGGCCGGCGACGGCAGGGGCGUCCAGGGUCGGGCGCUCCAGGGACGGGAAGAGAGAGAGGAGGCCGGUUGGGGGGAAAUGAUGCUCGCGGGGUGGGGGUCCGGGGGUCGGGCAGGGCACGGCUACAGUGUUUUGCGGGAUUGCCUCAUCCCGGAUGAGUAG